UUAUUGUAAUUCUCUUUUAGAAAUUGAAGUCAAUAUCAACUCAAGUCAUGUGAUCCUAUUAGACUAUCCUCCAUAUAACAAUGUCUCCAUUACAUGUUCACUGAUGUAUGAGCCACUCAAUCAGUUUACUGACAAUGAGCUACAGAACUGGUUCUAUCAAACAAAUAGCACUAACAUCACACUAAGUUUGGAUGAGCAGACAAAUCAGAUAUUUCAAAAAGAAAUCAGUUACACUAGGCCUGGAAUAAGUCUAUAUGAAUGUGGAGUUAUGCUAUUAAUCGAAGGAAAAGAAAGCAAUUACAGUAACAGUAUAAAUAUUACUGUCAAAGGACCUGGCUUGCCUAAUAAACCAAUUAACAUGACGUCAGUUGUUCUUAAUACAACAUCAGUUUGGAUUGAGUGGGUAGUAACAUCAGUGACAUAUAGUCCUGAGAUCUACACUGUCCAUUAUGAGUCACUGUCAUGCUAUCACAAUGGUAGUGUUAGUAUCAAUGGUAAUACUUCAGUUGAAGUGUUUACACAAGAAUCGAAUACUCCAUACUCAUUAACUAUUGAUGGUCUCAUGCCUGGAAUAAAGUACACUUACUAUAUAGCAUCAAAGAACACUGAAGGACAUGUAAACACUACAAAUGGAACAUUUACACUACUAGAAACAAUUCCUAAUGGCGUCCCUUUAAAAUUUGAAGCAUACAACAUUACAGCUUAUGAAAUGACCUUUACAUGGCUGCCUCCACUGGAAUGCUUUAGAAAUGGAGAUAUAAUCAAGUAUUCUCUCAGCUGCUCCUUUAACAAUGCUACUCAUUCUGAUAUCCAACAAUCAUUACAACACCAGAUUAUAUCAAAGAGAGAGAACAGAUUCACUCUUCAUAAUCUCUAUCCAUUUACUAACUACACUUGUCACCUUGCAGCAGCUAAUGGUAUUGGUGAAGGACCUGCUGCCAGUUUAAAUGUCACUACACUAGAAGCAAGUCCUGAGUCUGAGCCAGAGAAUUUAACAAUCAUAUCAACCAGUUCAUCAUCAUUAGUCUUGACUUGGUCAAAACCAAUUCAACCUAAUGGUAUCAUAGUAAAAUACACCAUCAACUGCUCAAGUGACAUAUUUGAGAAUGAAACUAUUGAUAAUACUGUUGUAUUGAAUGGAUUGGUACCAUACACUAAUUAUACUUGUUCAGUGAGUGCUCAUACAAGAAUUGGAGUAGGACCAGCAGCUAUUGCAACAGGACAAACUGAUGAAUCAAGUAAAUUAUAUCCCCACACAAUAAAUCAGUGA